GCUAAAGUAUUCAGCCGUAGCAAAAAAUUGAGCUGCCAUUGUACAAGGCUUGCUUGCCUUUGUAGUUUGUCCUCUUCCUCUCUUCGCAUCCAAACAAAACCAAGACAAGCAAAAUGCAUGCAUAAGCAUGAGCGAAGAAAGAAAAGAAAGAGCGCUGUGUUUCUGUCAAAACUGAAAACUGUGGAAGUGAGAAGAGAAGAUCCCAUUUUGUGAACUGGAGUCCAAAUGUCCAAUAGCGACUUCAACUUCUAAGUUGCGGGUAGUGUUUGUUGAUGAAACAAACGUGCGAGAACUUGGGGCUACUUAGUUUUGCAAAAGAAUGUUGGGUUGGCCUUAAAUUUUUGAGGAGUAAUGAGGGAAGAUUGAAUAGUGAUUGCGAGAAAGGGUGACUGUCUUGCAUUGUGCCAUCAAGGGGAGAAUUUUUGUUUUAAGCAGGUUUCCGUAUUCUGCACAAAAAGUCUUUGCAAGCAAGCUGUCAUCAUCAUUACUAUCAUCAUGCCUAUUAGGCAAAUGAAAGAGAGCUCAGAACAGCAUUUCGUGAUCAAACCCCAGUGCCAGAGCUCAAUGAAUCCAGUUCAGAAGAAUCCCAAAACAGCUCAAAACGGUAAAGGGCCACCCGCCCAAGAAACUCAGAACACCAAGCCUUACAAUCAGUCCUCACCUCCAUCAAGAAAUAGAGGAAGGAGAAGGGGAAGAGGUGGCCGGAAAUCUGAUCAAGGUGACACCUUGAUGCGGCCAAGUUCAAGGCCUUGCACUGCCGCAAAUAAGCCGGUUUCCGCUGAACCUGCUGGUCCUGUUGAAUCAACUCCAACAAGUAGUUGUGCUAAGAAUGGGAACAAUAAACUAUGUAAAGUGGACAUGGGUUUUCCCUCUUCAAGCAAGUCAUUGAGUUUUGCACCUAGACCUGGGUUUGGGCAACUUGGAACGAAAUGUAUGGUUAAGGCCAACCAUUUCUUUGCAGAGUUACCGGACAAGGACUUGAACCAAUAUGAUGUUACUAUAACUCCUGAAGUGGCGUCUAAAAACGUGAACAGAGCUAUCAUGGCAGAGUUGGUGAAACUGUACAAAGAAUCUGACUUAGGGAUGAGAUUGCCUGCAUUUGAUGGCAGAAAGAGUCUAUACACUGCUGGUGAACUUCCUUUCGCUUGGAAAGAGUUCACAAUUAAAUUAAUAGAUGAAGAGGAUGGAGUCAAUGGCCCCAAGAGAGAGAGGGAGUACAAAGUUGUACUCAAGUUUGUUGCACGGGCAAAUUUGCAUCAUUUAGGCCAAUUUCUUGCUGGGAAACGGGCAGAUGGUCCGCAGGAAGCUCUUCAAAUACUUGACAUUGUGUUGAGAGAGCUUUCUGUAAAAAGGUACUGCCCAGUGGGGAGAUCAUUCUUUUCUCCUGUUAUCAGGAGGCCUCAACGUCUUGGAGAUGGCUUAGAAGCAUGGUGUGGGUUCUACCAGAGUAUAAGACCAACUCAAAUGGGCUUGUCUCUCAAUAUUGAUAUGGCUUCAGCUGCAUUUAUUGAGGCUCUUCCGGUGAUAGAAUUUGUUGCCCAACUUCUGGGAAAAGAUGCAAUAUCACGCCCUUUGUCUGACUCUGACCGUGUUAAGAUAAAAAAGGCUCUCAGAGGAGUGAAAGUUGAAGUAACGCAUAGGGGAAGUGUGCGAAGAAAGUAUCGGGUUUCUGGGUUAACAACCCAACCAACUCGAGAACUAGUUUUUCCAGUUGAUGACAAUUCAACGAUGAAAUCAGUUGUUGAAUACUUCCAAGAAAUGUAUGGCUUCAAAAUUCAGUAUACUCAUCUUCCUUGCCUUCAAGUCGGGAACCAAAAGAAGGCUAACUAUCUACCAAUGGAGGCAUGUAAAAUUGUUGAGGGCCAAAGAUAUACAAAAAGGCUGAGUGAGAAGCAAAUUACAGCUCUUCUGAAGUUUACAUGCCAAAGACCCAGGGAGCGUGAAAAUGACAUUUUGCAGACAGUUCAGCAAAAUGCAUAUGAUCAAGAUCCAUAUGCCAAGGAAUUUGGGAUCAAAAUUAGCGAAAAUCUAGCUUCUGUGGAGGCAAGGGUACUUCCAGCGCCUUGGCUGAAAUAUCAUGAGAAUGGAAAAGAGAAGGAUUGUUUGCCUCAAGUUGGACAGUGGAACAUGAUGAAUAAGAAAAUGAUCAAUGGGAUGACUGUUAGCCGGUGGGCGUGCAUCAACUUCUCGAGGAGUGUCCAAGAGAGCGUUGCUCGUGGGUUCUGCAAUGAAUUGGCUCAAAUGUGUCAAGUGUCUGGCAUGGAAUUCAAUUCAGAACCUGUAAUUCCAAUCUACUGUGCUAGGCCUGAUCAAGUUGAGAAAGCUCUAAAGCAUGUUUAUCAUGCUUGUAUGAACAGACUAAGAGGAAAGGAACUGGAGCUUCUGUUAGCCAUUUUACCAGACAACAAUGGUUCAUUGUAUGGCGAUCUGAAGAGAAUAUGUGAAACUGAACUUGGUUUGAUAUCACAAUGUUGUCUGACAAAGCAUGUCUUCAAGAUCAGCAAGCAGUACUUGGCCAAUGUGUCCUUGAAAAUUAAUGUUAAGAUGGGUGGAAGAAACACCGUACUUUUGGAUGCUAUAAGCUGUAGGAUACCAUUGGUUAGUGACAUUCCAACCAUCAUAUUUGGAGCAGAUGUAACCCAUCCAGAGAAUGGAGAAGACUCCAGUCCGUCAAUAGCUGCAGUCGUAGCUUCCCAGGAUUGGCCUGAAGUCACUAAGUACGCGGGACUAGUUUGUGCUCAAGCUCAUAGACAGGAGCUUAUACAAGAUUUGUACAAGACAUGGCAUGAUCCUGCCCGUGGAACCGUCAGUGGUGGCAUGAUUCGAGAUCUUUUGGUUUCCUUCAGAAAGGCAACUGGUCAAAAGCCACAAAGGAUCAUAUUUUAUAGGGAUGGUGUGAGUGAAGGGCAAUUUUAUCAAGUCCUGCUUUUUGAAUUAGAUGCAAUCCGGAAGGCUUGUGCUUCUUUAGAACCAAAUUAUCAGCCGCCAGUAACUUUUAUUGUGGUACAAAAGAGACAUCACACCCGGCUAUUUGCUAAUAAUCAUAGGGAUCGCAGUAGCAUGGACAAGAGUGGAAAUAUAUUACCUGGCACUGUGGUUGACACUAAAAUCUGUCACCCAACAGAAUUUGAUUUUUACCUUUGCAGCCAUGCUGGCAUUCAGGGUACAAGUCGACCAGCACAUUACCAUGUUUUAUGGGAUGAGAACAAUUUUACUGCGGAUGGCAUUCAGUCAUUGACAAACAAUCUCUGCUAUACAUAUGCAAGGUGCACCCGUUCUGUUUCUGUUGUUCCUCCUGCUUAUUAUGCACAUUUAGCUGCAUUCCGAGCCAGAUUCUACAUGGAACCAGAUUUGCAGGAGAACGGAUGUGCUGCUGCUGGAAGAAAAAGUUCCAGAGCAGCUGGAGAGUCUGGUGUACGACCAUUGCCAGCGCUAAAAGAAAAUGUUAAAAGGGUAAUGUUUUAUUGCUAAUCAGAGGAUAGUUAGCGAGUAGCAGAGGUAGCUUAUAAAUCAGGGGUAAGGUAGUUUACAUGCAACGUAGAGCCUCUUUGUAAAUGGACGGCUAGUCAUGCUAUGUUGCAUGGUUCAGAAAUCAGAUGAAUGAUGUAAAAAGUAGCUGUACCUUCCUUCAUGGCUUCAACGAUGUGCUUUAGAUUAUAUUUACAGGUUCCGCUUGCUGUUGAAUGGCUUUCUGUCUAAUGCUAAAGUUGAGCAUUGGCUAAAA